AUGUCUACCUACAUCGCUGUGACUUUGAGAAAGUUAUUGACGGAGACGGACAUUUGGAAACCUUCAAUUGUGGAGCUAGACAAGGAAGAGCUCAGCAAACUUUCUUUGCUCUGCUUGAGAGCUGAGCUGCAGACUCACUACAAGCUGCGACGGCAAAGUGACCCAGAAUGGUCCAAGAAGGGCUCGGAGGUCUGGAACCUCACGCUUACGAUGCUGUCGGACAAGCACGUGAAGGCCAAAGCGGCCGAGACGCACGGAUUGCUUGCAUUCGUGUGUGAGAUGUUGGCCAAAUACAAAGCUCGUUUGUCGACCAGCGGCAGCGAGCAGGAUCAGUUGUUUUUUGAGCUGGCGACACACGCUGGCAAAGUGCCAUGGCUUUCGAUGCUGUCAUGGCCAGACAUGGCCGGGACAUCAAUGCGGCAGUUUCUGGGGAGAUGCUGA